AACUAUGGGUUAUUUAACAUGAGAACUUCAAGUACUCUAAGGUAAGGGGUUCUCUGGUCAAAUAUCCAAGGAUCUUGGUGGAGUGACAGUUUUUAGUGAACUCUAGCCUUUUCAUUUAUCACGUUAGUUUUAGCUCUUGGUAGUCAUGGAUCUCACAUUGUGGCAGUACCAGUUUCGAAUCAUCAUGCUAGGAGACUCCACGGUGGGCAAGUCAUCCAUGUUGAAGCGAUACACAGAGGACCUGUUUCUGGAGUGCAUCAACCAGACUGUCGGAGUAGACUUCUAUGUACACUUCCUAGAGGUCGAACCUGGAGUGAGGGUCAAACUGCAGUUCUGGGAUACAGCUGGUCAGGAGAGGUUUAGGUCUGUGACUCGCUCCUACUACCGGAACUCAGUCGGAGGUCUUCUGGUAUUCGAUCUGGCCAACCGCAAAUCUUUCGAAAAUGUGCAGCAGUGGCACGCGGAGGUGUCAGAACGUGUGGAGCCCUACACAGUGCUCUUCGUGUUGGUGGGACACAAGAGUGACCGGGACAAGGCCGGAGAGCGAGCUGUGAACCGAACCGAGGCAGAAAAGCUUGCAAGCCAAUUGGGAGCGCCGUACAUCGAGGCCUCGGCCAAAACGGGUCACAACGUGAAAGAGGCCUUCGAUCUCUUGACCCGAAGGGUUUACCAGGGCUUGAAAAGCGGAGAGAUCCAGUUGCGUGAGGGGUGGGAUGGAGUCAAGAGCUCAGCUCCUACAGCCCAAAUGUCCCAGAAGAUACACAACAAUGAAGCUGCUGAGAAAAACAAGAGCUGUGCUUGUUAACUUAAAAUAUAUCGCAACCUUUGAGUACAGUUCUUCAAAUAGGAAGGAUCAGUCUGACAUUGCCAAAUACACCUACAACUAAUCUCUAGGACUUUAAGAUGUAAGAUUGAAGGUAUUACAUUUGAUCAGACAGA